GCGGGCUCUGAAGCGCGCGCAUGUCCAUGUUCCGACUGGGCCGCGUGCGGGGCCCUUGGUGAGAUCAGCGGGAUCGCAGCGCGGGCCGAUUCCGGAGGUAUUAUGGCCACCAAGUGGACUGCGGGGGAUUCAUCUGCAAUGCUGUGCCUGGAUGUUAACAGUGAGAGUUUUGUGGCAUCAGGGGCAGAGAAAGGAGCCCUCACAAUCUGGAACAGCCAAGGUGCUGCCAUCGGUUACCUGAAUCUCGGAGAUGACAACGAUGUCACCUGUGUGUCAUUCUCACAAACUUGUGACAGCAUACUGUAUGCAUCUCACGGUGAAUCAAUCAGUGUGUUAGAUAUUCGGGCUCUUAAAGAACCCACUGAGCAUUUCCAUGUAAACGAGGAUGAGAUAAACUGCUUGUCCAUUAACGAAACAAGCAGCCAUCUUGCAGCUGCAGAUGAUUCCGGAUCAAUAAAAGUCAUAGACUUGGCAAGCAAGAAGGUCAGCCGCUCUCUACGGAGACAUUCAAAUAUUUGCUCCUGUGUGACGUUCCGACCUCAAAGGCCACAGAGUUUAGUCUCCUGUGGAUUAGAUAUGCAGGUGAUGCUUUGGAACUUGCAGAAAACGCGCCCUGUUUGGACUGUGAACCUUCAGGACCUAGCGCAAGAAGAGACAGAAGAAAUGCCGCAGCAAGCUGGUUGCCAGCUUUUCAAUCCACCGCUGGCCCACUUCACAACAGUUGCCAGCUGUGGCAACAUAUUUGCCUGUGGAGCUGAAGACGGCAAGAUACGGUUAUUCAGAGUGACAGGAACAAGGUUUGAGUUGGAAUAUGGGUUCUGUGGUCACAGUCUGGGUGUUUCUCAGGUUCAUUUCCUGAACACACUUUCUCAUCCUUAUUGGCUGAUUUCUGGAGGGAAUGAUGCAGAAGUCAUGCUGUGGGAUGUCAGUGAGCAAAUCAUAACUGAUGGCAAAGGCCCUUUAAAAUCAACUGGAAAAAAAUCAGUUGGCUCCACCGCUAAGAAAGGCCAUGGAGCUGAAGGAAGUGACCAUGGUGCAAAAGCCUGCAGAGGAAAUAAAAGUAAUCACAUUUUGCCAAAACUCAGGAUUAACCAUGGAGAAAAAGUGAACUGGAUUUCUGCUGUAGACAUAAAGGGCUCUAAAAAUAUACUAGUUGUUGACCAGAGUUGUCAGAUAUCACUGUACCCUCUAACAGACCUAUAGAUAAUGCAGUGAGUGAAAAUAUUAGAUGCUAGUGACUGUGCCUUAGUAAAACAGAGAGAGUAAAAGUUAAUCAGUGGAGCUCCAGCAAAGUUUGAGGAUGUUUUAGUUAAAAACUAGAGGUAUGAGGUGAAAUUUGAGGGACACCUGCAUGUGUUUUCUUAUCAAUAGGUUUGAUAUAUGACCUUUUUGACAGUAACAUGUAUAAUCCAAAUGACUAUUAGAAAAAUUCAACAAGCAGCAGCCUCACAAACCGGCAUAAUCAUAAAUGUUCUUUCCAUUUAAUGGAAUUAUACAGAAAAAGUCACGUUCACAGAACUUUAUCCUCUAGCAGUGUCUGAGAAUUGGGGGUAUGUAUAAAGAGGUUUGAGGCCUACCAGUAUUUUAAGGAACCCCUUUGAGAGCACUGGGACGAUGUCCUUUGAUCUGGAAAUACUGAAGAGGGGACUUUUUGAGAUCACUGGGGGUGGUAUCCUUGGGUCUGGAAGCAAAAGUUGUAGUUCUGAGAUCAGAGUACUGGAAACAUGAAGUAGGAGUUUUGGAGCACUGAGGAAGGAUUUGAACAACAUCUGGGAGGGGCGAGGUGGUCCAACUGGAUUAGACAGUAGAUUUUGGAGUAUUGAGGGUCGCUAGUAUAUGGCAGUAUUUGGGUUUCUGACUUUUUUUGUAUUAAAAUCAUUUCUUGAUCCUGAGAUUUUUCUAAGUGAAGUUUCAAUAUCAAUAACGAGGAGUGUAACUUGAAAAAAUCCUCUCUUGAUAAAUCUUUUAUUAAUCCUCAAUAAAUAAACCCUAAUUGUG